UAGAAUGCAGCUGGCCAGAUGUUGGGCGCAGAGUUGCUGUCGCUGACCUCGGUGCUGAACACGACGUCAGAUGAACCUGCGCUCACCACAGGAGACACCAUCCAGUCUCCCUCCCUCUUUGAUUUAUUGCUACUGCUCCAACGCCCCAUUUUUUUUAUUUGACUGUUUUACAUUUCGCGGUUUCUAAUGCUGUGUGUCGCUUUGUUUAGCUUUGUGUUCUAAACUCAGACUGCUCUCUGACGCUGCUGGCUCUGACUUUCCCUCGUCUUUGGUCGUGAUGGCACUGUGCGCGGCUACUGUACUCCAGGCGGGAGGAGAGCUGCUGGUGGAUGAAGGCGCUCACCUCGUUUGAAUUCAUCUCUUUGUGAAAAGGCGUUUUCGUCACAAUUGCGCUGAAAAUUAAACUCGCCUGCUGGAUCGUUGCCUCCCUGGGCUCAGAUUCCGUCUACCUUCGUUUUGUCGCUUCCCUGCCGUCAGCCGCUGCAGUCGGCCAUCCUGCGCUGUAACAUGACGCUGAGGCAGUAAAAUCAUUCUUUAAGAUAAUAAGCAAACACACAAAAACUGGACAUGGAGUCCAUGAAGACGAGAGCUGCGACAGGGGUCAAGGAAUUUGCGGGAAAGACCCUGGGUCAGAUGUACAGGGUGAUAGAGAGGAGGCAGAAAACCGGGGAGGUGAUCGAACUGACGGAGGACGGGCGGCCUCGGGAGGCCGCGGAGAAGAAACCCCCGCUGUGCGACUGCAAGUGCUUCGGUUUGCCGCGCCGCUACAUCAUCGCCAUCAUGAGCGGCUUGGGCUUCUGCAUCUCCUUCGGCAUCCGAUGCAACCUGGGCGUGGCCAUCGUGAGCAUGGUCAAUAACAGCACCAUCCACCAGAAUGGCAAGAUCAUCAUCAAGGAGAAAGCCAAGUUCAACUGGGACCCGGAGACAGUGGGGAUGAUCCAUGGAUCUUUUUUCUGGGGCUACAUUGUGACGCAAAUCCCGGGAGGAUACAUUUGCUCCAGGCUGGCAGCAAACAGGGUAUUUGGUGCAGCUAUUGUCCUCACCUCCACUCUCAACAUGUUCAUUCCCUCCGCUGCCCGAGUCCACUAUGGCUGCGUCCUUUUUGUUAGAAUAUUGCAAGGACUGGUGGAGGGAGUGACUUACCCUGCAUGUCACGGCAUAUGGAGCAAGUGGGCUCCACCCCUAGAAAGGAGUCGUCUGGCUACCCUCUCGUUUUGUGGCUCCUAUGCUGGCGCUGUGAUAGCGAUGCCUCUGGCUGGGAUCCUGGUCCAGUACACAGGAUGGUCCUCAGUGUUCUACGUCUAUGGAUGCUUUGGUAUUUUCUGGUACAUGUUCUGGAUCCUCGUGUCUUAUGAGAGCCCUGCUGACCACCCAACCAUCACUGAUGAGGAACGUGUAUAUAUAGAGGAGAGCAUCGGAGAGAGUGUCAAAAUGCUGGGCCCUGCAGAGAAAUUCAAGACCCCUUGGAGGAAGUUCUUCACCUCUAUGCCUGUCUAUGCAAUCAUUGUGGCAAACUUCUGCAGGAGCUGGACCUUCUACCUGCUGCUCAUCAGUCAGCCCGCAUACUUUGAGGAGGUCUUUGGCUUUGAGAUAAGCAAGGUGGGUAUACUCUCCGCCCUCCCCCACUUGGUGAUGACCAUCAUCGUGCCCAUCGGCGGUCAGCUGGCCGACUACCUGCGCAGCAGGAACAUCUUGACAACAACCACCGUCAGGAAAAUAAUGAACUGUGGAGGAUUUGGCAUGGAGGCCACAUUGCUGCUGGUGGUGGGGUAUUCCCACAGCAAAGGCGUGGCAAUUUCCUUCCUGGUGCUGGCAGUGGGCUUCAGUGGAUUUGCCAUAUCAGGUUUCAAUGUGAACCACCUGGACAUCGCUCCUCGUUAUGCCAGUAUCCUGAUGGGUAUCUCUAAUGGGGUUGGUACCCUUUCUGGGAUGGUGUGCCCGCUAAUUGUUGGUGCUAUGACGAAGAAUAAGACUCGAGAGGAGUGGCAGUAUGUAUUCCUGAUAGCCUCCAUGGUGCACUACGGAGGCGUGGUCUUCUAUGGGAUCUUCGCAUCCGGAGAAAAACAGCCGUGGGCAGACCCGGAACUCACUAGUGAGGAAAAAUGUGGCUUCAUCGAUGAAGAUGAGCUGGCGGAGGAGACUGGUGACAUCACCCAGAGUUACGGGGCUUUUGGGGGUGCAGCCAAAACAUACGGUGCGACCACACAGGUGAACGGAGGCUGGGCUACCGGCUGGGAGAAGACGGAGGAGUACGUCCAGGAGGAAGCGCAGGAAGGAGGCUACGGAUACAGGCAGCAGGAAGGGUAUUCUUAGACCGAACGCAAAGUUACUGACACAUGAGUUGACUUUGUUCCCUGAGUGUCCUGAGUGUACAUCUGUUUUAGUCCUAAGAAUAU